AUGAGAAAAAAAUACGGUUUUGUAUUCGAAGAACUUCUAAUCCGUUACUUUAUAUCUUUCUCGCUCUCUCUCUUUUUCUCUUUCUCUCUCUCUCUCUCUUUGUCUCUCUCUCUUUUUUUCUCUCUCUCUUUGUCUCUCUCUCUUUUUCUCUCUCUUUCUCUCUCUUUAUUUUUGUCUCUCUCUUUUUUCUCUCUCUCUUUCCCUCUCACUCUCUUUGUCUCUCUCUCUUUUUCUUUCUCUCUUUAUCUCUCUUUGUCUCUCUCUCUUUUUUCUCUCCCUCUUUGUCUCUCUCUCUUUUUCUCUCUCUCUCUCUUUUUCUCUCUCUCUCUUUUUCUCUCUCUCUUUGUCUCUCUCUCUUUUUUUUCUCUCUCUUUUUUUCUCUCCAUUUGUCUCUCUCUCUUUUUCUCUCUCUUUUUUUCUCUCUCUUUGUCUCUCUCUCUCUUUCUCUCUCUCUCUUUAUCUCUCUCUGUAUCUCUCUCUAUUUCCUUUUUCUCACAUUCUUUUUCUUCAUCUAUCUCUUUCAUUCUCUUUCGCACUAACUCUAUUUCUUUUAGCUUUUCUGUUUCUCUUCUCUCUCUCUCUCUCUCUCUCUUUAUCUUUCUCUUUCUAUCCUCUUCACCUUUCUGUUUCCUCCUCUUUGUUUCUAUUUUUUCUCUUUGUUUUUUUUUCUUUUUCUAUCUUUCUCUUUCCUUCUAUUCAUAUUCUUCCUUUAUCUUUUUCUCUUUCCCACUCUCUCACUUAGCCUCUCUUUCUCUUUCUCUCAUUCCCUUUUUUUCACUUUUAUUUAUCUCACUUUCCUACUUUCUUUCUUUUUCUUUCUUUCUUUCUUUCCUUUUCUUUUUCUUCCUUUCUUUCUUUCUUUCUUUCUCGCUUUUUUUCUUUCUCUGUCUCUCUUUCUAUCUCGCUUUCUUUCUCGCUUUUUUUCUUUCUCGCUUUCUUUCUUUCUUUCUUUCUCGCUUUCUUUCUUUCUCUGUCUCUCUUUCUAUCUCGCUUUCUUUCUCGCUUUCUUUCUCGCUUUCUUUCUCGCUUUCUUUCUUUCUUAUGCUGGCGUUCGUUUGA